CUCAAGUUCUCCAGAGCUCACUCACACAACUCCACGAAAGACACACAUGACGGCAGGAGAUCAACCCAUACGAAACGAUCAUGAUGUUGAUGCCACCGUCACAGACUUACAUGCUGCUCUAGAAAGUACAUUUCUCAGAUCUGUCUUCGUGGCCACUGAGAUAAAGCCAUUGGAUGAUAAUCUGCGUGGAUCUGGAGGACACUGAAUGGGAGUAAAUAGAAAAGAGGCGUAAGAAACAAACGGGGGAGCGACUCUUUCAGCAGCGCCCGUGCUUUUCUUUGAGAGUAACGUUAACGUUUCGAGUCCGCACCAGGAUUCUGUUUCGUUGGUUGUACAUUGAGCACAUUGUGCACGGAAGGAUCUGGAUUUAGCGGUGGGAGAGUCGGGAAGCUCAGUUUUAUUGAGCCAUGAAGAAGAACAGUUCAACAAAGCGGGGCUCUCAGGAUGCCAAUCAACAGCCCGUGCAGCCUGACAAAACUGGCUGGAUUCGCAAGUUCUGUGGCAAAGGAAUUUUCAGGGAAAUUUGGAAAAACAGAUUUGUUUUACUGAAAGGAGACCAACUCUACAUUUCUGAAAAAGAGUUGCUUGGAGGCAUGGACGAGUUACAUGACAUGCCCUCAUCCUCGAAAACCAUGAACAAAACUACACAACGUAAAAGAAAAUAUGAUCCAGACUACAAUAUAAGGGUCAAAGAUGAGAAGAAAAUCCAGGAGGUGGUGGAUCUCACCGACUACGAGAAGUCUGAGGAACUUCGCAAGGCCAAAAGCAGGAGCAAGAAGAACCACAGCAAGUUCACGCUUCUGCGCUCACGGCAGCCAGGCAACACGGUUCCAAAUCUGGUGUUUUUGGCCGUCAGUCCAGAAGAGAAGGAGUCAUGGAUCAAUGCUUUAAAUGCAGCGAUCACCAGGGCCAAGAAUCGCAUAUUGGAUGAGGUGACGGUGGAAGAGGACAGCUUGUUGGCCCAUCCGACGCGUGACAGAGCUAAGAUACCUCACACACGCCGUCUGCCCACCCGCGGGCACCUCAUGGCUGUGGCUUCUACCACAAACUCGGACGGCAUGCUGACACUUGACCUCAUCCAGGAAGAAGACGUCCUAGCAGAGCAGGGUCAGGACUCUCUUGAGAAUACCCUCGAUAAAGCCGCUUCUCAGCACACCCUAGAUUCCCAGCGCUCCAACCCAGACACCUUGAAGCUCUCAACAUGUAACGAGACCCCCGGAAAGUCCCAGAGUCUGCCGCGGAAAAGCGAGAGCGCCUUUGACUGGUCGGAAAACCAUCGGACGCCGCAACUCCGCAAAAAAACGGCUCCGUCCGAGAAGAACCGCUGUGCUUCCAUGGACGAGAUCCUCACGCACUGCGAGACGCGGGCCCUUCCACACUGCUCGACUUCAGCGCCAGUGCAGCCCAUCAGCCAGCUCCAGGACCUCAUCACCCAGAAGCUGGAGAGAACUCAAGAACUGCUGACAGAGGUGCGGGCACAGGGCAAGGGGAAGGGAUCGCCGGCUGGAAAGAGCUCCAGCCCAGAGGUUCAACGGAUAGAGGCGGAGCGGCUUCUGGAGGAAGCAGCGUCCACUUGGGGUCAGGCUCGUGACGUACUGGAAGAAGUGAAAGAACUCCGAGCUUUAUACAAGCAUCUUGACUCCGCCCCGCUCAGUCCUUCACAGAACGGCAAACUAAACAGCCCUCAAGCAAACCACCGGAAAAGCAUGAUGUGAGGUUUAAUGGCGUCGUUUUUCAAUGGACUCUUCCUGUUGACUGCUUUAGUAUGGCUGGAAUCUAAUAACAUGAGCUGUACGUCUAUGUAUGAAUUGUUAAAGAGCUUCCACUCCCUAAUAUCAGCGUCAGAGCAAAAGUACAAGGGACCGACCGGUGGUUUUACCAAACACAAGCUGUUGUGCUAUACCCUGCAGUGAUGUCAACAGGGAUAGAAAAACCACGGAAUCACCAAGCGAUCCCAAGACACCAGAUGGCGGUGAUGUCGUUGUCAUCACUAGCCUAUCACAAUGUGAAUGUUACACUGGAGGAGCUUCGUUUCAAAAUGCUCACUAACCCCCAGGUCUAUUUUACUCCCUGGGUCAUUUUUGUAUGUAAUAAUAAUAAUAAUUCCCAGCAUACUUGCUCUGCUAUUAACACAAUCCAUGCUCAUAAUAAGAUGCAAUCAGGGUGCAGCCAAAGGCGAUUGGCGGAAAGCUCACGGAUAGUGGAACCUGCGCUGUGUCCGGCGGUGCUCUGUAUCCCAUCAGAUGGGCUCCAAUUGUGAACAAAGCCAUGAACAUGAACACAGAUGACGUCUGGUGCCAGAGUUUCUGCGGAAAGUGGAGGAAGAAAAAGCUGCCAUUAAAGACGAGACUCCAUGCAGUAAAGGAAACGAUUAAUAAUAAUGACACAUUUGCACUAUGGAGAAUGCUGUAAAACGAGAGUGACACUGGCAAGCUAUCUUUUCAAACCUAAGAGGCAGAACAGACAAUCUACUGUAGGCAGGGAAAUAUGGGUCGUGCAGAGCCAAGUCUUUACACCUAAGUGGUAUUUCCGAAAACGUUGGUAUCUUUCAAAAUCAAAAGCUGCCUUAGCGUAUUUUCAUAAGGGCACAUGCAUUUCAGAGACUCUGAACGCUUAUAUAUUUGAAUUUUCGAAAAGUUCGCCAACAAGUUGCCUGCACCUCAAGAGAAGCUUUUAAAGCAUGAUUUUAUUUUGCUUUGCUUUUUGUCUUUGGGGAACUAUGCAAGGUUGCAUGGGUGAAUCUCACGAAACCAGUCAAGAAUUUCUCUAUUUUGUUUUAUACAAAAAACAUUUUUGUUUUAAAUUUUUUGUUGGAAUAUGUUCAUAAUUGGCAUUGAGACAAAAAGUAUUUUAAUAAAUAAUGGUCUUAUGCAUUGUCUAUUUUGGCUUAAAAUGUGACUUGGGCAUGUUUCAUGAGAUUCCCCUACAAAUAAGCUUGAAAUAAUCCACUGGUAUCAGGAUUUACUGGCAGUGUGCAGUACGGUAUUGCGUUAAAAGACCAAAGGGUAUGUCUUGCCAGUAGAAAACACCUUGUUUUACAGUUAGUAGCUAAAUAAAUGUGUUUGCACAAUUCUAUAGGUACAGGUCAACCUGUUCUGUUACGAAGACUUGAUUAUAAACAGUGUUAUAUUUUUUUGUACAUUUUAUUGUAAAGUGCUUUUUUGUAGGGAAAGACUUUGAGGAGAGUUUUUGCUUUUAAAAUGCUUGAUUUCAAAAAAACAAAAAAAACAAAAAAUACCUUCCCUGAAAACGAAACUCAACUGGACAUUCCGCGCUUCUGGAAUCUUGUCAUAAAAAAAACAAAACAACUGUAAAUCUCCAUUUCCAAAGGUAAUAAAAGCACAAAGCCUACGGCAGUCCUUAGCUUUUUU